UGUCCACUCAACUAGUGCUGAUAGAAUUCAUCAUUUGCAUCCAACUCAAAUUCAAGAGAAGAAGAAAACAUAUAGAGCAAAAGACAGGUAGAUAUGGGUGUUUGUAGCUGUAGUACUAUAUCAAGAUCAGCACUACUAAUUCCAUCCAUGGCAACACAAAGAUUAAGUUUCUCCCCUGCUCCUUCUGUUACUCCUGCUGCUGCCUCUAAAAAGGUCUUCGUAGUCAAAGCAGCAAAAACCACUACAGCAGGAACAACAAGAAUCAAGCUUCUCACCAGAGUAGAACAGCUUAGACUUCUAACAAAAGCGGAGAAAGCUGGCCUGCUGUCGACAGCCGAAAAGGCCGGUUUGUCCCUCUCGACGAUAGAGAAACUCGGAUUACUCUCAAAAGCUGAGGAAUUUGGAGUGUUGUCAGCAGCAACAGAUCCGGGAACUCCAGUGACUCUUUUCAACCUGAGUCUGGCGUUACUUGUUCUUGGUCCACUAUGUGCUUACAUUGUCCCUGAGGAUUACCCAUGGGAGAUUGUCUUGCAGGUGUUGGUGGCUCUCGUUUCUGUUCUGGGGGGUUCAGCUUCAUUUGCUGCCUCCAAUUUUGUAUCCAACUUGCAGAAAUCCACUUGAUUUGAUUUCUCAAGAGUGUUAAAUUUCAACCCCCAAACGUUUUUUUUAGAAUUGUUUCAUGGUGAUUAUACAUUAUAUAGUUCAUUUCUA